AUGCAACGCACAUGUCGUCGGCUGUUUACCACUACGGUGAAGAUACCCACCACGAUUAUUCCAAAAACCGGAAAGCCGGUCUCGCGCAUUGGAUUUGGUGCUUAUCGUGUGUCAACGGACGAGCAUGGCCAAGCACUACGGGAUGCUCUGCAAGCCGGUGUCAACGUUAUUGAUACCGGUGCCAAUUUCGAAAAUGGUAUUCGUCUAUGUAGAAACGGCGCAGGUGCUUCCGAGAAGGUGAUUGGCAAAACAUUGCAAGAUCUGCAGGUCGAACGAGAGAACCUGACGUUGAUCAGUAAAUCGGGCUAUCUUUCGUCCGCAGAAGCUGCAUUAUUUCACGAAAAGGAGGCGGUCCAGAUCACUGAUAAAAGCUUCCACUCGCUGUCGCCAAAAGUUUUUGAGAAACAAAUUGCCCAAUCUUUGGAUCGUCUUCGCACCAAGAAACUGGAUAUCUUUAUGAUUAAUGCUCCAGAACGCAUGUUGACAGCCAAAAAUAAGGUAUACACAUUGAAUCAUCUUUAUAAAGAUUUGGAAACUGCGUUCAAAUACCUGGAUACAUUGGUGAGCGAUGGAACCAUUGGGGGUUACGGUAUCUGUUCCAACAGCAUGGCACUUCCAACCGCAGUAGAUCAUAUAUCGCUUGCGGACGUUUUGAAAUCGUGCAAUCAGCCAUCGAAUUUUCAAGCUAUCCAAGUUCCCUUCAAUUUAUAUGAACGAGAAGCAGUAGUACCAAGUGGUUGGGAUCAGAGUGCCCAGGUCAAACCUGUCAGCCAAGUAGCCAAAGAAAACGAUAUUUAUGUAAUGACAAAUCGUCCUUUGAAUACCAUUGCCAACGGUCAAAUUCGUACCUUGGUGAAUCAUCCUAUAGAAGUUCUUGCAUCUGGCGCAGUACAAUUGGAAGACGAAUUGAGUACAAAGUUUGUUUGGAGCCAGGUGCUGUCCGAGAAUUUGGCUCGAUUAUCACAGAAUUAUUUUGCGGCUCGCCACUAUUUAUCGCAACAAGUGUUGCCUGCUGUUGAAAAAGACUUGGAAGAUUUGGAUGUGUACGCAGAAGAGAUGGAUGCAGAGGCAACCAAAGCCGCAUUCGUUGAUUGGAUGACGAAUUACCGCGAGGGUAUGCGAGAAUUGGUGGAUGAUGUUGUCUCUUACGCGUAUGUGGACGUACUUCGAAAGAACAAUGAAUUGGAUCGAAUCAUGGACGCGUUGUGUCCUUCGCUGGGUCGCGAUUUUGAAUCAGCCUAUUCACCUUUGUCUGCAAAGACGCUGCGUUUUCUAAUGGCGAAUCCAAAUGUAGACACUGUGUUGACGGGAAUGCGUCAGCCUCGUUAUGUGAAGGAUGCUUUGUUGGCAACGCAGCAUCUCGCAGUUGAAAAGGAAGACCUAGAUGAUGUGUGGCGAUGUCCCUUGUUUAACUGA